AUGAAAGGAUUUUUUUAAAGAUUAAUGGGUUCAAUGAAAUAAGAACCAAAUUUAACACAAGCUGGAUAAUUUUUUAAAAAAGUGAGUGGAACAAACACUUAAAAAUUAGAUGCAAACAAUCCACAUAUUAUAGAUAAAAUUGAUUAAUUGAAUAGAAUAAUAGUUAAAGGAUAAUAAAGAGAUUUUUUGAUGUUGCGAAUAAGAUAAGUAAUUACAGAGGCAUAAUUGGGGCACAACAUUUCUCCAAAACUUUAAGAUGCUUGUGAAGUUGUUCAUUAUGCAUUAUUAAAUAAUAUUCCAGUUUUAAUAUCAAAAGUUAAAUUAGUACAUCCAGAAUUUGAUUUUAAAGAUUAAGUUAUUGUAUGAAUUAAUAAAAUAGAUAAUUAUUGAUGAAAGAGAGUUUGAAAAAUAAAAAGUAGAAGCAAAUCCAGAAUUAAAAUAAGAUAUAGAAGUAGAUGCUUUUUAAAAUAAAGAUUAAAAUGAAUACUAUGAAAAUUAAAGACAUAAAUGGAAAGAGUAAUAGAAAAAGAAAAGAUGAU